AUGACAUGGGCGGUGAAUACACUUACAUUGCUCCCCUUUAAAGAAAGAGAUGCUAUUCGAAGAGAUGCCCUUCUCUUAAUCGUGAGUUUGGUUUUAUUUAUUAGUGUGUCGAGGAUUGUACUUUCCUCUCUUUUCUUGAAAUUGACAUAUGUUGAAUCUUGGCAGAUUGAUGACUGGCGUGACAUAGCUCUCCCAAAGGACCUGACAAGAGGAACCAGAGUCAGGUCUUUAGGUGUGAGGAUCGAGUAUGAAUGUAUGAUGCUCUUGCCACUAUUCAAAAAGGCACUGAUCUAUGAAGAGAGGGCAGAGAAACAGCUUUGUGCCAUUGCUGCAUCAAAUGUUUAUCCGUAA